AGCAGUCCCCCCAAUAAUAUUCCACUUCACGUCCUUUCCUUUAUUUCUCUCCUUCGGCUAUGCUUACCUCUGUCUUUAACUAGUUCCCCCCAGUCCUUCUACCGUCGUUUCCUCUUCUUUGGGCCGUUCAGGGGUUUAUGAUCCAAUUCCGACAGACUCUCGUCAACUGCAAGACCGCGUCCCUGCUCGGGUGGACAAUUUAGAGAGAUCAAGCGGCGCGGGCAAAGUAUUUGCAGGGCAGGCUUUCAUGGCGGGAGAUGCCAGCAACGAAGACCCCCAGGAUCUGAACGUGUCUGGUUCACCGGCCCCUUCUUUCACAUCGGACACUGGCAGACCUCCUGGUGCCUCCUCGGCGCCGUCGCACUCCCAAGCAGCUGUUCCCCGCCGGCAGCAGACCAGGCCCACGUUCCAGACCCCGCCUGGCCAUUCAUAUACCAGACCCCCGUCCGACAGGCAGCAGGCGUCUCCUGGCGCUGGUUCACGUUUUCCAGGCGCGCCUCAUCAGUACCAGGCUCGUGCUUCCCCUUACGGAGCUCAGCCCAGUGGAUAUGGCGGACCAUACACGAUGUCCUCCCCGUCCGCUGGCGGGCUCCAAGCACCUCCCAAUCCUGCAUUUCCCUAUGCCCACGGGUUUUCUCAUCCUGGCCAGUACGUACAUGAAGCGCCGAUGAUCCCGCAAAAUCCGCAUAUGGCCUACUCGUCGCCCACCAUGCCUGCCCUAUUACAGCACCACAGCAGUCCAGGCCCGUCAUCAAUGUUCGGGCACGCCCAGAUCACUCCUUCGCCCCCGCCCCGCUCCCCCUUAUCUUCAUCAGGCUCGCAGGCUGGACCUCCGCAUUCGGCGGCUUAUCCAGGACAGGCGUCAUUCUAUCCGCCCUUGUCCUCGUCGCCCUUCCCUUACCCUGCUCAGUCAUUUCCCUCGUCGCCACCCAUAUACCAGUCCCAGUACUCGCCCUCAUACCCCUCCCAGUUCGUCUCACCGAGUGAGCAGGAGAGGCACGGCACUUGGUGGUAUGUUCCGAGCAACGUACCCUCGCCGAGUCAGUAUGAUCCCAUUUCCCAUCCAUUCCCUGCUCACUACACCGUGGCGUAUCCUUCCUUAAGCCGGCAAGAGCUCGAAGCCUACAACCGUCCCGGGCCCUCGUCCGUCUCAUCCGCCGGCUACCCAAUGUCACCCGUCGCACGUCCAGGGCCGGUUGGAUACCCCCAUUCACUCAGUGCUGGACCUGCAUCGGCUCCCCCGUCUCUCGCUUAUCCAACUUCGCCUGACCCGGCUAGCUCGGAAGUCGGCGCAGCCUCUAUUCGCGCUACCUCGAGGUCCUCUCUAAACCCUUCAUCUGUGCGCCGGUCCUAUCAUCCCAAUCCGCCCACGCAUAGGUCCGAGUGGGUUAUGUGGGUGGGUAAUGUCCCCGGGGACGCGACCGUGGAGGAGCUAUGGCGCGUCUUCAAUCAUCCGGGGCCUAUUACCCAGUCCGCAGACUCUGCUCAGGACUCGGACACGGACGGGCAAUUAUACGGCGGGGUUGUCUCCAUAUAUCCUAUCGUCCGCUCGAAUUGUGCCUUUGUCAACUUCGAGUCAGAGGCUCAUCUGCACAGCGCGAUCGCCCGGUUCAAUGGACAGCCCUUGAGAGUACACGACCCCAAGUGUCCACGUCUGGUCUGUCGCGUUCGUGCGAAAGAGGACGAUCUGAGAGCGGGUGUCGGCGCGCAGAGAGGGACGGGGUUACAUACCAGAUGGGUUAGAGAGAAGCGGGAAAGGACCCUUGAGGGACCGUCAGCUUCUGGUGAAGCAAGUCGGGACGAUCAGUCCGGGUCAGAACGCGUCGUCACGCCGACAAGUUCAGCUGAGUCGCCGCGCGAUCUGGCUCACAGGGUCGCCUCUCUGUCGUUAUCGAGUGACGAAGAGAGUCGCUUCCGCCGUGGGACGAAGAAGUCAAGCUCCGGGUCUUAUGCGUCGACUAACUCGAGCUUCCUGGCUCGCCACUUUCCCAAGCGCUAUUUCAUCCUCAAAUCGUUGAGUCAGUUUGAUUUGGACCUUAGCGUGGAGAAGGGUAUGUGGGCAACUCAGCGCCAUAACGAAGCGAUCCUGGACCAAGCGUAUCGCACGAGUCAAGACGUUUACCUCAUCUUCGGGGUGAACAAGAGCGGCGAAUUCUACGGAUAUGCUAGGAUGGCAGGCCCCAUUGGAGGUAGCGGGCAGAGGAUGUCAUGGGCGUCGAGGACCGAUUCCUCCCCCGCGUCACAGAGGGGAUCUCGGCGCUCGGACACCAUUCCGGAAGAGGGGUCCAGUCCUACGCAAGCUCGACAAGAGCCGCACUUCUUUCCGCUUAGCGAGCAACGACUUGUGGACCAGUCGCCGAUGCCGGUGUCUCCACCGCACAGACAGGUUGUGCCCGGAUCGCAGCUCGAGCCUGCGCGUGAAUUCCUCUCUGCCCCGGCAGAGAUGCACAACCCACACCAUCGCUUCUCCGUGCCGAGUCCCGCACCCAAACAGAGCCUCGACAUACCGGAAAGGGUACUUCCUGCCGCGCCAUCCCUGUUGUCAGCUGAUAACUUCGAGUUGAAGGCCGAACCUAUGCUUGCUGCUCGUUCGCGAGGUGCUUCCGGUUCGUCAAGUCGCGAGGCGCAGGCGGAUGGUGAAGGAGUGAAACGCAUCGACAAGCUGAAAGAUGAGUUCCCUGGAUCGCCCCUGCGGACGGUGGCUGAGGAAGGCUCGAAGGAGGAGGAGGAGGCCGAGGAGGAAAAGGUCGGGUUCCUCCGGAAGGGGGACGAGAACUGGGGCGCCCCCUUCCGAGUGGAGUGGAUAAAGACGACCCGUCUGCCGUUCUGGCGGACACGCCACCUUCGCAACCCCUGGAACCACGAGCGGGAAGUGAAGGUGUCCCGGGAUGGUACCGAAUUGGAGCCUGGGGUCGGACAAGCCCUGCUGGACGAAUGGGAUCGACCCGAGCCGCCGCAGUCGCCCAUGUCUUUCAAACACCCUGGACAGGGUAAGCGUCCCACCGGGGAGCAGAAGUCGAUAUCGACAAAUACCGCGCCGACCGUCUCACGGAAAGGGGACGUGUAGUGGAAUCAACUCAUUUUCUUGGAUUAUUAGGAAACAUCCCCCCAAAAUUCACGACAUUCAAACCGCAAAAAACUGGGGUUCACGCAACGUACACGUCUAGACAUGCACCACAAACUACUUGCACUCGUUCGUUAUCGCCUUUCGACUCACGACGACAGUCACGCUUGUCAUUCACGAUACAAGAUCUGUCAUUUCACUCUUUUGGGCUCAAGGGUGUGCUGCAUUGUUAAACUGCCUGUUCGCUCAUCGAUGCAUUGGUUGUCAAGCUUUGAAGUUUUACGCAUGUAGCUAUAGUAGAUCUCUACUCAUCUGUACCUCGCACAUUUGGCAGCCCACACACGCAGCGCUGGAGUGCGCUGGCUUUGCGUGUUUCUUACAUACUAUUGUAGCACCGGACUCGUAUAUGCCUGUGGUCCGUAAUACACUUGUUGGUGGA